AACGCAGACACACACAGGCCUCGACCUCCCCCCUCCCCCACACACAUCUCCCCGACUCGAUCUCCCCCUCCUCCUCCGCCGCCGCCGCCAACGCCUCCUCCUCCGCCUCCUCCCCCAACGCAUCGCCCCACCCCAUCCAUCCAGAUUCCUCCCUCCUCCUCCUCCUCCUCUUCCUCCUCCCCCGAUCCCGCCCCGAUGCGAUGCCCCCGCGGCGCGAUCGCGUGACGCCGCCAUGAUGAAUCCCGACGGCGGCGACGGCGACCGCCUCGAGGCGGCGGGGGCGGGCUCGUCGUCGGCGCAGCAGGGGCAUCCGACGAUGGAGUGGCGGUUCGCGCAGGUCUUCGGCGAGCGCGCGGCCGGGGAGGACGUGCAGGAAGUUGACAUCAUCUCUGCAAUUGAGUUUGAUAAAUCUGGUGAUCAUCUUGCCACCGGAGACAGAGGAGGACGUGUUGUUUUAUUUGAAAGGACAGAUGCUCGGGAUAAUGCCAGUCGGAGAGAAAUGGAGAGACAAGAUGCUCCGAUUACUAGACACCCAGAGUUUCGCUACAAAAGUGAAUUUCAGAGUCAUGAACCUGAGUUUGAUUACCUCAAAAGUUUGGAAAUAGAGGAGAAGAUCAACAAGAUCAGGUGGUGCCAGACAGCCAAUAAUUCACUCUCCCUUCUGUCUACAAAUGAUAAAACAAUAAAAUACUGGAAGGUGCAAGAGAAGAAAGUAAAACAAGUUUCAGUUAUGAAUUUGGAUUCACGGAGUGUAGGGACUGGUACCUCUUCUAGUGCAAGUACUAGUAGUUCUAGGGGUCUUCUUCCAAAUGGUGGAUGUUCAGACAAGUCCAGUUUCUUGAACAGUGACAUUUUGUUUCCACCUGGAGGCUACCCGUCAUUACGUUUGCCUGUGGUAGUUGCAAGUCAAGAUGUGAACCUUGUUGCUAGAUGUCGACGUGUAUAUGCACAUGCUCAUGAUUACCAUAUUAACUCUAUAUCAACCAAUAGUGAUGGCGAGACAUACAUAUCAGCAGAUGAUCUGCGUAUAAAUCUAUGGAAUUUGGAGAUAAAUAACCAGAGCUUCAAUAUUGUUGACGUGAAGCCUCCAAACAUGGAAGACCUAACGGAGGUCAUUACAUGUGCGGAGUUCCACCCAACUCAUUGUAAUACACUGGCCUAUAGCAGUUCAAAGGGUUCUAUCCGACUCAUUGAUCUGCGACAAUCAGCUUUGUGUGACAACCAUUCCAAGAUAUUUGAGGAACAUGAAGCACCUGGAUCAAGAUCCUUCUUUACAGAGAUAAUCGCAUCAAUAUCGGAUAUAAAAUUUUCAAGGGAUGGAAGAUACAUCCUUAGUCGCGAUUAUAUGACUCUCAAGCUAUGGGAUCUAAACAUGGAUUCAGGUCCUGUUUCAACCUUCCAGGUUCAUGAACAUUUAAGGCCCAAGUUAUGUGAUCUGUAUGAGAACGACUCAAUAUUUGACAAAUUUGAGUGUUGUCUUAGUGGGGAUGGACUCCAUGUUGCAACUGGUUCAUAUGGUAAUUUAUUUCGGGUUUUUGGCUGUACUCCUGGGAGCACAGAAGCGACCACUUUGGAGGCAAGCAGAAACCCCAUGAGGCGUCAGAUUGUAAACCCAACAAGGCCCACACGCACACUAACCUCUCUGGCCCGUGGUGUGCGGAGAGGUGGGGAAAAUCAAGGCGUUGAUGCCAAUGGAAAUUCAUUUGACUUUUCGACAAAGUUGCUCCAUCUUGCAUGGCACCCAACUGAGAAUUCUAUCGCAUGUGCUGCUGCAAAUAGUUUGUAUAUGUAUUAUGCGUAGAGAAGGUGCUUGAGAAAAUUUAUUGUUUUUGGUUCGCUCUUGGAGGCCGCGUGCCUUCACAUGCAACCAGAGAUAUGGUGCAGGAUGUUGUCGUCAAUUCCUCCCUUGGGGCCAAAAGAGGCCGUUGAUGCCCACAAGAUGGCUUUUGUUGCUGUGACUGCGUCCUUGUUGAUUCUUUAGUACAUGUGUAAAUUAUGUCCUAAUCAUCAGAAGUUUUGGUCCCAAAGGAUGUGGUCGCAGUUGCCGUACAUUCCAAAGUUAGCAGUCCAAGGCACAAAUCAAAGAUAGAAAGGAUUCAUUGUGCUAAUUUCUGCAGUAAAGGACAUAAGCAAAUAUGCAUUGCAAUGGGUGUAUGAUUAUCUUUUACAUGUAAUGCCAAUCAGACAAGGCUAAUCAGUUGUUUUAGAACAAAAAUCCCUGAACAAUAGAUAACUCAGUUAUUGUAGUUAUUCUUCAUUUCUCUUCUAUUCAUUGGACCGUUGAAAUAAGUCAGCACUAGAGUAACUGCUAUUGUUUGGGAUUCUUAACCAGGAUGGAUUUUCUUUUUGACUGGUCUGGACUUUUUUUUGUUAUGAUAAAAUGAGGUUAUAUUAGAACUA